UGUGCAUUAAUAUUGCCAUAAAAAUCCUUGGUUAAACUUAACUUGACCUUGCUAGUUCUUUUCCGUUCAGCUACCGCGAUUGGAACAUGUCUUAUUCACCUGAAAGAAGAUCAGAAGAGUGGCCGGAGGAUUCGAAAAAUGGCCAGUCAAAGGAUAAUUAUGAGGGCUCCACCGGCGCCGAGCACGAAGCGCUGGAUACAAACUGGCAUCAAGUCGUGGAAAGCUUUGAUGACAUGAACUUGAAGGAAGAAUUGCUUCGAGGGAUUUAUGCGUAUGGUUUCGAAAAACCAUCUGCCAUCCAACAACGGGCUAUUAUGCCAUGUAUCGAAGGGCGUGAUGUCAUAGCUCAAGCCCAGUCCGGAACCGGGAAAACUGCUACUUUUUCCAUUUCCAUUUUGCAACAAAUCGAUACUAGUAUUCGUGAAUGCCAAGCGCUUAUAUUGGCGCCCACUAGGGAAUUGGCUCAACAGAUUCAGAAGGUGGUUAUUGCUCUUGGUGACCACUUGAAUGCUAAAUGCCAUGCUUGCAUUGGUGGCACCAAUGUGCGUGAGGAUAUGCGCCAACUGGAAAGUGGAGUGCAUGUCGUUGUUGGUACACCCGGCAGGGUGUAUGAUAUGAUUUCUCGUCGGGCAUUACGUGCUAACACUAUCAAGCUGUUUGUGCUCGAUGAAGCUGAUGAGAUGUUAUCUAGAGGGUUCAAAGAUCAAAUCCAUGAUGUAUUCAAAAUGUUGUCUGCCGAUGUUCAGGUCAUUUUGCUCUCUGCUACUAUGCCUGAUGAUGUAUUGGAAGUGUCCCGAUGCUUCAUGAGAGAGCCUGUUCGUAUUCUUGUGCAGAAGGAAGAGCUCACCUUGGAAGGUAUUAAGCAGUUCUUUAUCUCUAUUGAGCUAGAGGAAUGGAAAUUGGAGACUCUGUGUGACUUGUAUGACACCCUGUCUAUUGCUCAGGCUGUCAUUUUCUGCAACACUCGCCGCAAGGUGGACUGGCUGACGGAGUCGAUGCACCAGCGCGACUUCACGGUGUCGGCGAUGCACGGCGACAUGGACCAGCGCGAGCGCGAGGUGAUCAUGCGCCAGUUCCGCACGGGCUCCUCGCGGGUGCUCAUCACCACCGACCUGCUCGCGCGCGGCAUCGACGUGCAGCAGGUCUCCUGCGUCAUCAACUACGACCUGCCCACCAACCGCGAGAACUAUAUACACCGGAUCGGGCGCGGCGGCCGCUUCGGGCGCAAGGGCAUCGCCAUCAACUUCGUGACGGAGGCGGACAAGCGCGCGCUGAAGGACAUCGAAGACUUCUACCACACGACCAUCACUGAAAUGCCCAACGACGUGGCCAACCUCAUCUGAGGUGGCUGCGCAUUCCGGUUUAUACUUUGUGUCCUGCGUUCUAUUGCGAUAUUUAUACGGUGUGAGUAUUAGGAGGGACCUCCUAAGUACCACUGUGCUGAUUUUUUUUAUUGGAACUCAUUUAAUUUGGACCGAUAUAUCUGUUUUAGUUUAAUUAAUGAAUACAUUAUACUAUAGACGUAUCAUUAUAAGUUUAAUAAAUAUACGUAGGAGUAAGACCGGCUCGGCCGGAUGGCCCCCGUUCCGCGUAGGCCCCUCUGCCGUUUGCAGAGAGGUCUCAUCGGGUACUGGAGAGGCUAUUUCAAUCACAAAAGUACCAGAAGGAAAUGUAUUGUGUAAUUCUUUUUUUUCCAGUUGUACAUAAUAUGGUAACUGUUUUUGUAAUACGGUAAAUAAAUAAAAUUAAAUAUAACAUUGCUGUAUUGUUAUUGACAUACGCCAUAGCACUCCACUCCCGAUCGGAACCUUAAUUCUCGUGCGCAUUUAACUCAAUUGUACAAAUUUUGUUUACAGAAGACCUCCCCACUCAGCCUGUUGACACGCACUUUGGACACAACUAUGUGGAAAUAAUAAAUCAAAAUUUCCUUAA